CUAGACUAGCCGCCUGUGUAUGUAGGCGAGGUUACAAGAAGGGACAGUCCGACCUGCGUACGCUGUUUGCGAUUGUUGUGAAAAAGGCUUGUGGUGUGGCCGCGGGGCGAGUGAGACUGAGGGCGGCUGGUCAGCGAGGCGUGCCAUGGUACUUGGCACUUGAGAUGAGCACGAGCAAUUGAGCAGCGCGCGCAGACGAAUACUACUCUUGUACAAUUACUCUUUAUGCAUGCGAUUUGCAACCGUUGAAGCGUCUACAUGAAUGGGAGCGGGGCACACGCGAGCACUUCCUGCUCGGGGCAGCCCGCUCGCGUGUAUAUAUUCAUAUGCAGUGCUGCAAAGAACUCUGAUAGAAGAAAUUCUCUCCGAAAAAGCUGGUUCAGAUACCUGAGUGAUGCGGACUCGCCGCUGCCGCCACGGUACCGGUCGGGCGUCUCCAUCCGCUUCAUCGUCUCCCGGGAGUCGCGCUGUGAGGAGGUGGACGUAGAGCAGGCCCAGCACAGCGACAUUCUAUACAUUGACGCUCCAGCUGGCUACCACAACCUCUGGCGCAAGGCACUGUGCUUCCUGGCCUGGCUUGAGGGCCACACGGACACGGCGGCCGGGACAUCGGGCCAGGGCGGGGUGGGGGCCUGCGGGAACGGCGCUGGAGAUGGUGGCGGAGGCGGCGUCAGUGGCGGCAGCGGCAGCGGCAACGGCAGCGGCAGCGGCACCCCCUACGACUUUGUGAUGCACGCCGAUGACGACAGCUUCGUGCGGCUGGACCUGUUGCUGCCGCUCAUGGCCACCUGGCCCCGACAGCGGCACUACUGGGGCUACAUCUGGGACGGCACCGGCAACCGCGUCACGGCGCCCAUCCGCAACCCAGCCAACAAGUCGCACAUGCCGGCGGAGCAGUACCCUCUGGACUACUACCCGCCGUUCGCCAGCGGCUGCGGCUUCGUGCUGUCUCGCGACCUGGUGCUGGCGCUGCUGAGCCGCCCGCUGCCCGACUACAGACUGCUGGACCCGCCCUUCGGCAUCCACCUGUGCGGCCCGCCCGACUACUGCGUGGCGCCCGGCGGCCCCGUGGUGCCCGUGCACGAGGAGCGCGUGCGGCCCUAUCGCCCGCUGCCGACCUUCCGGCCCGACACACUGGUGCAGCACUACCUGCGCAGCGAGGAGAUGAAGCCGUUCUGGGAGCAGGCCGCUGGGAAGUUGGAGCUGGGUUAAACCAUGCGGUCUUGAUCCCGACACUCAGCAAGU